UUUAAUCAAAUGUUGUACAUACCCAGGCAAAAGCGGGGCUUUGCAAAUUGCAAUAGCGUUAGAAACCAAUUCUUUAUUCGAUAUAAUGGAUCAAUACCACCACUACAUUCCCAGAUUCCUUCUACGUAACUUUGCUAUUGACAAAUAUGAAAGGAUAUUCGAGAGCAAUAUAAAACAACAGAAAAAGAAAAAUCGGAGGAAAGCUGAACUUCUUCAAACUUACGAUAGAAAUAAAGAUCAACUGGGUGUUUACUUAAUUAGUAGAACAUAUGGAUACCAAAAUAUGUACAAAGAUCUUAAUAAUAAAGACGUAAUGCACGUAGAAGAAAGGCUGGCUAAACUUGAAAGACGAGCAUCAGAAACGAUCCACAAUAUUGUGAAGGCAUCUAGAGUAGAAAAUCAAGUCGUUUUACUUAGGAGAGAUCUCGGAGAGCUACGCAAAUUCCUCUUCAUAAUGAACUAUCGAAACUGUCAAAGAUGGUCUCAGUUUACUGACGAGAAAUUUGAUAGCAUUACUUUGUCUAUGGUAAAAACUUUUAUGCAACAGCACAACUUACAAAAACCUAAAGAAGUAUGGUUACAAAAUAUCAGUGAAAUACUAGACACUCCGCAUGAAGAAGUCGGAAAUAAUCAGAAAAUCUUUUCUAUAGAUAGGGAAGACUACAAGCAGCGCAUGAUCGAUUGUUUUCUAAUAAUCUGGCAGGCUGGCGAAAAUGAUGAAUUUAUUAUAACCAGCAACGGAUUUGGAAUCUUUGAAGGAGUAUCUGGUAACAUGUUCGGAGCAUUUCCAUUUCAAUAUGCUUUCCAUUCGUUUUAUGUCAUUUCUCCAAAGCUAGUGUUGGUCCUCUGCCCUACUGUGUUUCGAAAAGAAGUUGGAGCUGACGAGUUAUACCGAUUUUUUGGUGGUCAGCGCUCGAUAUUUGAAAACGUUCCUCAUCCAGGUGCAACUCCGAACUAUGUUAGCACUGGGAAUUCUUCUCGCAGUAAACCAAAAAAUGAGCAUAGCCACUCAAAAUUUGACGCAACUGACCCAUUUGACUUGCGAUCUCGCGCAUUUGACAUGACUUUAAACAGCAUGGGUAUUGAAAGACAGUGGAACGAUACAUUUACUUUUUCCUUUGUCAAACUCGAUUCGGCCACCGUUCACCUCGUAAAUUAUAUCUUGCUCAAUGAGACUAAACCAGACUUAGUUUUGACUUUCCUUUCCCGUCCGUAUCUUUAUAAAACAAUUGCCAAAUACCAUAAGAAAGUAGGUGUACAACAUGACUUCUCGAAUUUGAAAAAAAAGUUGUUUAUAGCAUUGAAUAGGACUCACAAGGAUGACUUGCAUCUCCGGAAAAACAUUCCGACCGGCCAGACAUACAGUUGGAAUGUACGUGAAACGAAUUCAGAAUCCUGAUUGGGAUUUGGAUUUGAAUUUUAAUGGCACAUAUAAGCAAAAUUUUGCAAAAAAAAGCUUUUACAUGAUGAAAGAAUUUGGAUUUAUUAUGAAAAUUUCACUAAAUAAGAUCACAAAACACUACAUUUGUCGUAUGGUUACAUAUAAUAUGUAUUAAUUCCAGCCAAUCCAGAUCUUAAUUAAUGAUCAUGUUAAUUAUUUACGAUUUACGAUUUACAAAAGUAAAAUGUAAUGAUUGUCUUUUCAUUCUUAAUAAUUUUUAAAAAUAAUUUUUCAAUACGAGACAAAAUAAAUUUGUAAAUUGUGCCAUAA